AUGGCAAAACCUUUAUCAAAUUCAGUUCCAGCCUUUGGCUUGGUUUUAUAUGGAGCUAACAGCGUAAUUUCACAUACCAACGCAAAAAUACGCUGGGAACAUGUAGUAAGAGAACUACGGCAAAACAACAUUGAUGUUGUUGGCAUUCCAACGGAUGGUGAUAGUCGCUAUCUGAAAGCCAUGAGACUUCAAACAGAAAUCAGGUCAAAUUUAGCUUACUAUGCCAUUAUUAAAAUGACCGCCAAAGAUCUUCACUAUAUUCAAGAUCCAGUCCAUGUCUUGACAAAACUUAGAACAAGGCUCUUAAAUGAAAAUGUGUCAAUUAUUAUUGGCAGUAAAAUUGUUGAUCUAGAUUGUCUAAGAAAACUAUUAGAUAUGCCCAAAGAUCUCCACGGUUUGAAUUUAACUGACAUUUCACCAGCAGACAAAAUGAACUUUAAAUCCUGCGAGAAAUUGAUUCAUGAUGACGUAACAGAUAUCCUCGAACAAACUUUUCCACAAAGCAAAGCGUUAGUAAUGUAUUUGAAAAUAAUGCGACUAAUUUAUGACAGUUUCCUCGCUAUAGGAAAAACAGCUUUGGAAAGAAUCUUCACAAUUACAAGAGUCGUUUAUUCGUUGAGAAUCUGGAGGGAUUGGCUGGUAAAAAAUCGUAAAAAUGGCCUGACUUUAAAAAAUUUUAUAACUACCAAUUCAUAUAUGUGUGUAGAAAUGAACGCGAUUUCCCUGAUUGAAGUAGUACGCAGACUCAGGGACAAUAAUCAAGAAGACUUGCUCGAUGUUUUUCACCGAGUUCGAAGAAUUGAGCUACAAAGCGAAAUUACGAAUACAUUAAAAGAUAAAGGAUUUUCUUUCCCAUCGAAUUCGAGAGCAUUCGUGAGUCAAACAACUAACAACUUAGAAACCUUACCAUCACAUGACCAAAUAAUUAAAUUUGUGGACUACGCUCGAAAAGACGAACCGAAGGAUAAGAAUGAGCAGGAAUUUCCACCAAGGACUCUCACUCUGCAUGAGCUCGAGGAUCCCUUUUCUGACAGGAAUAUUAAAUUAAAAAACUACGCAGAUAAGAAUGAGUUGAAGUUGAGGAAUUCCAUUCAGUUAUCUUGA